GAAUUUUCAGGAAUCUCAUUUGCUCUGACAUGCGAAGAUAUUUUGCAGCUUCUCGUCCACCGCCACUUCCUCCUUCCCCAAUCCCGAUCCCUAUCCCAAUCUCCUAUUAAACCCUAAUUCAGAAGCUCUCUCCGAUCUUGUACGAGUGUUGAUCUUUCUCUUUUAGCGAAUUCGUCUUCUGUUGACAGUUGUGGAGGAUGGCGGCGGGAGCGGAAACGGGGGGAGGAGGGGAACAGAAGCCGCUGAAGCGGAUGAAGUGGUCGCCGGACGACGAAAUGGAGGUGGAGGAAGAGUUUGAAGUGGUGGCGGAGGAGGAGAUGGUGGACCUCGGGCGGUUCUACUACCCCCUCACCCCCUCCGCCUUCGUCGUCUCCGAUGCCGCCCAACCUGACUUCCCGAUCAUUUACGUCAACUCCGUUUUUGAGAACGCCACCGGGUACCGCGCCGACGAGGUCCUCGGAAGGAACUGCCGAUUCUUGCAGUUUCGUGAUCCACGAGCACAAAGAAGGCAUCCCCUGGUGGAUCCUAUGGUUGUUGCUGAAAUUCAUAGAUGUCUAGAGGAAGGCAUAGAGUUUCAUGGAGAGAUUCUCAACUUUCGGAAGGAUGGAACUCCAUUGGUAAACAGAUUGAGGCUCAUGCCCAUAUAUGGUGAUGAUGGUUUUGUGACCCACAUCAUAGGGAUUCAGUUAUUCUCUGAAGCAAACAUUGAUCUCAACCGUUUAUCCUACCCUGUCUUCAAACACAACUCCUGCAUUAAGUCCUCUAAUCAGGAUGCAAAUUCUUCUAUUUCUGAAACUGACUGUAUUAUCAGAUACCAAGACUAUUGUGGGAUUCUCCAGCUCUCGGAUGAAGUCCUUGCUCACAACAUUCUGUCACGACUAACACCUAGGGAUGUAGCAUCUAUUGGAUCAGUAUGCACAAGGAUGCGUCAGCUAACAAAGAAUGAGCACUUGAGGAAGGUGGUUUGCCAAAAUGCAUGGGGAAGAGAAGUGACCAUAAGAUUGGAACUGAGCACCAAAAAAUUAGGCUGGGGCAGACUUGCUAGGGAGCUAACCACACUGGAGGCAGCUUCAUGGAAGAAGUUCACUGUUGGUGGUAGAGUAGAACCUUCCCGUUGCAAUUUCAGUGCAUGUGCUGUUGGUAACCGGUUGGUUCUCUUUGGAGGAGAAGGCAUCAACAUGCAACCAAUGGAUGAUACUUUUGUCCUUAAUCUUGAGUCAACAAAUCCAGAAUGGCACCGUGUGAAGGUCACUUCUUCUCCUCCAGGACGUUGGGGGCAUACUCUUUCAUGUCUAAAUGGAUCAUGGCUAGUUGUCUUCGGGGGCUAUGGAAGGCAAGGAUUACUCAACGAUGUAUUUGUGUUGGAUUUGGAUGCCAAGCAGCCAGGAUGGAAAGAAGUAUUUGGUGAAGCUCCCCCUUUGCCCAGAUCCUGGCACAGCUCUUGCACUGUUGAUGGAUCGAAACUGGUUGUAUCAGGUGGGUGUACAGAUGCUGGUGUGCUUCUGAGUGACACCUAUCUGCUGGAUUUGACAAGAGAGAAGCCAACAUGGAGGGAGAUACCUUCUUCAUGGGUUCCCCCAAGACUCGGCCACACACUUUCAGUAUAUGACAAAACUAAGAUUUUAAUGUUUGGGGGUAUGGCAAAGAGUGGUACACUAAGGCUGCGGUCAUGUGACACUUACAGUAUUGAUUUAGAAGAAGAGGAGCCACAAUGGAGGCAGCUUGGGACUAAUGGUUUCCCAGGUGCAGGGCCUCCACCUAGAUUGGACCAUGUAGCAGUGAGUUUACCCUGUGGAAGGAUCAUCAUCUUUGGUGGAUCAAUUGCAGGACUUCACUCCCCAUCUCAGCUCUUCCUCCUGGAUCCCCUGGAAGAAGAAUCGACAUGGAGGAUCCUCAAUGUCCCUGGUCAGCCACCAAAGUUUGCGUGGGGGCAUAGCACUUGUGUAGUUGGAGGGACGAGGGUUCUUGUUCUUGGCGGGCGCACAGGUGAAGAAUGGAUUCUGAACGAGUUACAUGAGCUGUGCUUGGCCAGUAGACCUGAUGGAGAUGCAUAAAUUCAGAACAUUAUGGUUUAGGGAGCUGCAGUGGAACCUUUAGAUUUAACUGCCAGAAGCAAGGAUGUCGGAAUUACGCUUGAAGGUGAUCAACUAGGUCUCUUAUUUUGUGAUUUACAAGGGUGCCUAUUGGAUUUUUUUUUUUAAUUAAAGUUAAAAUGCACUAUUUGGUCAAAGAUUUCUUUCAUCAGUAUACCAUUGUUGAAGUAACAAUCAAUGUGGAAAAAUAAACCACAUUGAUUUCUCAAGUAACUAUCAGUGUUCUAGUGGGUCAUAUUUGUGUAUCUUGUAUUUUGCAAGGACUAGAAACUUGGAUGGGGCAAGUUUUAUACAUAAGGUGCACACUUGUGUAAGAUUCA